AUGGCAAGCCAGCCUCUCCAAUCUCGCUCAUGGCUCAUCCUGGGUUCCAUGAGGCCAGUAGCCCCACCCCCAGCACCUGCGGCUGCGUCAACAGCUCCUGAUGCUCAGCCUCAGGCUCAAGCUCAACCUCCUGCCCCUCCGCCUAUUUUCCGACCCACAUUUGGUCAGGCAAUUAGGCCAACAACCCCGCCUCAGCAGCCUCCGCCGCCUCCGCCGCCUCCGCCACAACCACCCACUGCUGCUACUGCAGCUCCACCUUUCCGGGUUGGGAAUGUUUCAUCGGUUCCGUCUAAUCCGAGUCAGAACACCACACCUCCUUCUGAGAAAAUCAAACCACCUUCUCCUUCCCCAUCUUCUCUAACUCUGCCUCCUGCCCACGUAAAAUCCACUCCUGAGCCGAUUGAGCAGAAGACCAUGCUCAUCGAAAAGCCCAACCCACCAUUCAAGCCAUCCAAUGGUGGACUGCAAUAG